UCAUAACAUCGUAACUGUGUAUAAUGUAGCAUUCUCCCGUCUUAAGUAAGCGACUAUCAUUCAUUGCUUCCUGUCUUAAUAAUGACCUGCAUUAAGCGGCUGUUCUCUAAAGGACCUCGCUCCAAAGUCGCGUGGUUGAUGACUGGUGAAGCUCUCACCUCCUGCAGGUGCUUCCAUGCUGAACUAGUGAGACACGAAUCUAGCGCGCUUCCAGUAGUUCAUCACAGCAAGUAUGUGUGUGACCUCCCACCCAAUCACAGGUUUCCGAUGGGCAAGUUUCCCCGGGUUUUACAGUGUUUGCUCAGAGAUCAGGUCAUUACAGAGAAACAGGUGUGGGUCCCUGAAAUUGCCUCUAAGGAUUUACUGAGCUGUGUGCACACCGAGGACUACCUGGACAACUUCAUAAAUGGGAAAAUAAGUGAGCAAGAGCAAAGGAGGACAGGCUUUCCCUGGAGUGAAGGCAUAGUGAGGCGCUGUCGAUAUGAAACAGGUGGGACUGUUUUAGCUGCUGAAGUCGCUCUGCAGAGGGGUCUGGCUUGCAGCACAGCAGGGGGAACUCAUCAUGCUUUUCCCAGCUAUGGUUCGGGGUUUUGUCUCCUCAAUGAUCUUGCAGUCGCAGCCAAAUACACGAUGAACAAUUCUCCUAAUUCUCCUUCUACUAAACGCAAAGUUCUCAUUGUGGAUCUAGAUGUUCAUCAGGGUGAUGGCACCGCUUUCAUCUUUAAAGAGGAGCCUUCUGUGUUUACAUUCUCAGUGCACUGUGGGAAAAAUUUCCCACUUCGUAAACAACAGAGCGACCUUGAUAUCAGUGUGGAGGAUGGGCUGGAGGACAAGGAUUACCUCUCCACAGUUGAAGCCCACCUUCCCUGGCUGCUGGAAACCUUUCGCCCAGACCUGGUUUUGUAUGACGCAGGGGUUGAUCCUCACUGGGAAGAUGAACUCGGAAGGCUUCGCCUGACAGACCAAGGGCUCUAUCAGAGAGAUUUGUUUGUGCUGAAGACUGUGGUGAAAAGAGGUGUCCCUAUCGCUGCUGUUAUUGGUGGAGGAUACUCUAGAGACAUUGAUAAACUGGCACUCAGACACUCUAUCGUCCACAGAGCAGCAACUCAGGUUUGGAGGGAGUGUGGUAUGUAAAACUUGGCUCCCUAAUCAAGAGGAUCCUCAGUGGGUAGCUGAUAUUUGAGAGAAUGCCAUGGUCAUUUGGAAAGUUUCAAAAAUGUAUUAGAAACUGACCAGUACUUCAGUUACUUUGGCAUAUUUAUUUAAUUUACACAGUUGAGAUUAACUGUAGUAGUGAUACAUCUUAUGCGGUCACAUAUUAGAACUUAUUUCACUCAUUUUUGGUUCAUUGCAAUGAUGGUCUUGUAACUACAAUUAUAUUGUUAUAGGGACAUCACACCCACCAUAACAACAUAUUUUUACAUUCAUCUGAAAAAGAAGGUUUUUAUGGAACUCAGUACAGUCCUGUGGAAAAACUGUUUAUAUAGGAAUCAAGAGGUGCUGCUUAUCAAAUGCUCUUGAUUAAUUGGUCAAAAACACAAAAGCAGAGUUUCUGGUAGUUUUCUGGAAUGGAGCUUUCAGCUCCCUGUUAAUGCCACAAUCUUACCAGGAGUGGAAAUUCCACAAAAUUCACUCAAAGGUCAGACAAUACAACUCUUAGGGAGGAUUUUCUUUUUUUUGGGGGGGGGGCAUAAAAAACUAAGAGCUAAAAACUUUACAAGCCUCAGGUAGUAUCGGAAAUGUUAACAUUCCAAUGCAAUUAGAAAAAAAACUGCAUUUAAAUAAACUUCUGCAACAAUGUUUCUGAUGAGACUAAAGCAGAGAUGCUUGUCCAUAAUGGAUAGCGCCAUUUUGGGUACAAAACACUACAUGUCAAUGCAAAGACCACAUAUCAGCUCACAAGCACGGUGGUGGAGGGAUAAUGAUUCGGGUUUGUUUUGUAUCCACAGGAUUUGGGCACCUUGCGGUCAUUGAAUCAACCUCGACCUACAAUAAAAUGUUUGAAAAAGAAAA